AUGCCUUCUCGCGAGCGCCAUGAGAUCAGCAGGGCCGUGCUUUCACCGAGGCCGGCCCCUCGCAAGACAGAUGACGUGGUGGUAAUGGCGCAGGAGGCGCUGGCCUCUGCGGCCCUAGGCUGGCAGGAUCGCGCUGAGAAGCUAGCAGAAUCCAACACGCGACUGAAGAACCGCCUGGCUGAGGUUGAAGACGCUCAUCGCAAGUCGCUCACUGUCGUCAAGAACGUGCCAGCGCUACCGAACAACCACGUGUUUACCAAACAGCUCGUUGACGAGAACCAUGCGUUGCGUCAAGAAACGCGAGCGUUGCAGCGGCGUCUAAUGCAGGUCUCAUCAACCUUAAACAUAAUCGAGUUAGCGCAGCAUCCGCUACUACAAGAGUUAAGAACACACUUGCGCGAUCUCGAAGUGGACUUAGACCGGUUAAAGCAGGAGAACGAGCUACUGCGGACAGAGCUCGCUAAGUACGAACAAGUGAAGGUGCUGGAGGCGCGUUAUCAGCAUCUCGAAGAAAAGGCGCGAGUCAAGACGGCGCUCUACCGUGAAACUACUUCUCGUUUGGAGGAAGUUACGACGCAGUUGGUCGAGGCCCAACAACAGCUAGCAGCACAGACAGAGAAACUCCAGGUUUAUUCUGAUCAAUCGGCGCAGUUGGACGAUUUGCAGCAAGAAGUUCACCUUCUUCGAAGUGAGAACAUCAAGCUAAACGAGACUGUCGCAACGCUCAGUUCUCGUCCUUUCGACGCGCUGUCUAACGACUUGCAGAAAAAGAAUCUGUGGAUCUCCCAGCUAGAGGAAGAGAAACGUAUUUUAGAGGAGGAUCGCGCGAGGUUUCAGACCGACUGCUUAGCCACAAGACGGACGAACGAUCGAUUGCGUCAUCGUGUCGCAGUUAUGACUGACGAGUUAAAACACAUCGCCAAUGAUCUGAGUCGAACGAAGGCCGAAUGUGAACAAAAGGCAAUGGAGAAGGAGGUGGCGCAGCUCCAGCUUCGCUUCUACACGGCACCGGGAGACUAUGGCGUGAUGAGCGCAGUCGGCAAGGCAAUCAAAGACAUGAAGAAGCAACAAAAAGACAAAAGAAAUGCAUUAGAAGACGAAAGCAACAAAAUAGUAACCAAAAGGUAA